CUGAGCCGGGCCGGGCAGCUCCGCGCUGCAGCCGGGGCGUGUUGCGCCAGGAGCCGGAGCCGGAGCCGGAGCCGGGGGAGCCGGAGCCGCUGCGUUCGGAGCUCGCCUCGGUGUCAGAGCUGCCCGGUCCAGCCUUGCUGGACGCUGCGCCGGAGGGACCCGCCGCCAGCCGCUCGAGGAGCCGAGCCGGAGCCGAGCCCCGGCAGUUACCGAUCCAUAAGGGGACCUUCCCUGGCAACCUGGCUUAAGAGCCUUUGGUGAGGGACCUUGUCAAAGGCUUUCUGAAAAUCUAAGUACACUAGAUCCACUGGAUUCUCCAUGUCCACAUACUUGCUGACCCCCUCAAAGAAUUCUGGUAGAUCGGUGAGGCAUGAUUUCUAUUUACAAAAACCAUGUUGACUCUUCUCCAACAAAUUAUGUUCAGGAACUCUUGGCUGGAGUCGUGCGGCCCCAUUUAGCAGCUGGGUCCCCAGCCAUGGACUAGCCCUGGGCAGGCGAUUGCUCUCUGAGCACUGGCACAGCUGCAAUCCAGAGCUGGUUCCAUCCCCAGGUGGCUGCUGUUGUGCUUGGGGCCAGGAGGAUGGCUGCCGUGUGACCAGCCCACACCCUGGCCCAGUUCCCUGCGUGGCGGGCGUGCUACGGCACUGCAAUGAAUGAUGCGUCAACGCUGGAUUAUGAACUGCUGUCCCCCUCCCUGGUGGAGCCCCCCGCCACUGGCCUGGGCAUGGACGCUGAGCAGAAGACAGUCUUUGCCUUCGUCAUCUUCCUCCUGGUCUUCUUGGUGAUGCUUAUGGUGCGCUGCUUCCGCAUCCUGCUAGACCCCUACAGCCGCAUGCCCGCCUCCUCCUGGACUGACCACAAGGAGGGGCUGGAGCGGGGCCAGUUCGACUACGCGCUGGUGUAGUGGGGCCAGGAGCUCAGUGCGCCGCCCCGUCCCUGCCUUUCUCUGCCCCCACAGGGACACUGCCAGCUGGAAGAGGCCUGCCUGGGUUUGUCUCUUUUCUAGGCACUUCUCCUUUUUCUCCUCACACUGCAGCACCGUGCGCAGCUUGGGGGGAUCUAGUGAGGGGAUGUCUGGGGUGGGAUGAGCCUGGCGAGCCCUUGAUUCAAAACAGGCCCCCCGGAUGGCACUCUACCAUGCUUCUCAGUGUU